AUGACUGACCAGGACAAGGCAAUGGAAACAGCAAUAAAAGAUGUCUUCCCAAACACAGUGCAUAGGUGCUGCAAAUGGCACGUCCAGCGAAAAGCAAGGGAAAAGUUGGGUAGGAUCCUGAGCAUGGAUGAAAUUUUUGAGCAGGUUUUCUAUGGGGUUAUCAAUGAUUCGGAGACGGUGGAUGAGUUUGAGGAGAAUUGGCAGCAUAUGCUGCAUUGCUUUGACUUGGUUGACAACAGACAUAUAAGCAACAUGUGGCGUACGCGAGAGAUGUGGGCUCCAGCAUACUUCCGAAAGAACUUCUUCCCAUUUACAAGAACUACAGGGCGGUCUGAGGGUCUCAACUCCUACUUCAAGACAUUUGUCAACCCUCAAGACUCUGUCUGGAGAUUUGUACGUCAAUAUGAGGUGCUUCAAGAAACAAUGUUGGACCGUGAAGACAAUCAAGCUUUCAUAGGACACGCAACAACUGCACCACUUUACUCAAGGUACAACUUUGAGCGCCAAGCAGUUCACUUCUGUACCUGA